UACAGAAACAUUAACUUCUAGAUUACUUGAAAAUUGCCUUCUCACCGACAGGGUAACACCCGCUUGAAAAGCGAAGUGGGAUGAUGGGAAGUGAGCCUCGUAGACUGAGCCAAGUGUACGUCUAUCGUCAUCUCUGAUAAAAUUAUUGAGACAGAUGGGAUCUCACAUGGGGAAUCAAACACAGACCAAUCACAUGAUCGAAACCGAGUGGACUUAUAAGUAGUGAGCACUGAAGAAGAAGAAGAGGAAGAAGAAGAAGAUGCCUUACCAGAGAAUUUCAGGGUCUCUAUCAACUCCAAGGGUGGCUGUUAUGAUCGACAUGGGCAACCCAUUUCUCAACCUCACCGUAGACGGUUUUUUGAAGAUCGGAACUGUGGCAGCUGCCAGAGCCGCAGCCGAGGAAGCUUACUACGUCGUCAAAAGAGGGAGUAUUUCACGUCACACUGUUGAACACUCGUUGAAGAAGAUGUGCAAAGAAGCUGCAUAUUGGGGAACCGUAGCUGGAGUAUAUGUGGGAAUGGAGUAUGGGGCGGAGAGGAUUCGUGGCACCAGAGACUGGAAGAAUGCCAUGCUUGGUGGUGCAUUGACCGGUGCCAUAAUAUCCUCUGCCUGCGAAAAGGGUAGAGACAAGAUUGUUGUGGGUGCCAUCACAGGAGGUGCCAUUGCUACUGCAGCCGAGUUCCUUAACUAUCUUACUUGAAUCAAAUGGACUAAAUCUACCUAUCAUUUCUUUUUAUAUGGUAACAACUAUAUCGUAUGUUUGGUUUGUAAUAUGUCAGGUUAUAAUAACUGGAUCUUGUUAUGAAGACUAUUCCUGCUCUUUGAUACAAUACGAAGUCUAUCUACCUUGUCUUUUCA